CUCAUCACUGGAGAAUCUCUACAACAACCGAGUGAUAAUUCAUGACGGAUAUGUAAAAGGUAAUUUUGUUUAAAUGGAUAUUUAAGAAUAUGUACAACUGUCAUCUUGUAGCUAUGUUUGUGGAUGAAUCGAUGAAAGCUGGUUUUUAAAAUAAGGCAACCAUAAAAGGAGCGAGCCAGAUUGCAUAAGCGUGGCUUUUAUUGAAGAGGGGUGGUAAAGCAUGUACUUUUAAGAUGUUAUGAAACAUAACACAACAUUUUUAUUUAGAAAUAAAAUGUUCUGAUGAUCACUACUAAAAGCAACCUAAACGUAUCCAGUCUGAGCAACGUUUUUGGAUGGGGUUAUGGUAUUCUUUGAUAACUAGGAGGCAUUGUAAAGUCAUAUCAGCUUCACAUAGCCAUGAUGAUAGAGUAGUCACAUGCUGAAUGAUGAGAGCCUCCUGUCCUCUGUCAGUAAGAUGUUAGGUCCAACGAGUCCAGCCCAAAAGAACCUCAGUGAAGAGGACAGCUCGGGAUCGGAUGCCGGGUCAGAGGUUGGUCAGGAACCUGAGACAGACCGCUUCGGCUUCAUUCUGACAAAUGGAUCCACCGCUGGGAGUCUGGGCCCCCCCCCUGAGUUGGUCAGGCAGAGGGAGACCAAGUGGAUACAUAUCAUGAGCCAAUGGGAUCGCAUCUUGUUGAAGAAGACCAGCAAGGUCAAAGUGCAGUGUCAGAAAGGCAUCCCGGCCUCACUCAGAGCGAAGUGCUGGCCUCUGCUGUGUGGAGCUGCUGACAAGAUGAAACAAAAAGAAAACUUCUACCAGGCAAGAAAACUAAACACUCUCAGUGUGGUCAAUGCUUUCCAAUCACCAGUAACUAUGUAUGGUAGGAUUCAACAAUAUAUCUCUCUGGACUCGCAGCCUGCUCUGCAGAGCUGGGUGGACGUGAUCGAGAGAGACCUGGACCGACAGUUCCCUCUCCAUGAAAUGUUCCUUUCCAAGGAUGGACAUGGGCAGCGGGCUUUGUUCCGGGUGUUGAAAGCCUUCACUCAGUACCAACCGGAGGAGGGUUACUGCCAGGCACAGGGGCCUGUGGCUGCAGUGCUGCUGAUGAACAUGCCUGCUGAGGAGGCCUUCUGGUGUCUGGUGCAGAUUAGUGAGCAGUACCUGCCUGGGUACUACAGCCCUCUGCUGGAGGGAGUCCUGUUCGAUGCGGCCAUGCUGAACUGGGCUUUGAAAAGGACGAGUCCAGCUGCCCACAAACACCUGCAGCACCACGGGGUGGAGCCCCUCAUGUUCGCCACUGACUGGCUGAUGUGUCUGUUCACACGUCACCUGCCCUUCAACACACUGCUCCGAGUCUGGGACCUCUUUUUCUGCUAUGGGGUGCGGGUGCUGCUCCAGGUGGCGGUGGUGCUGGUGCGCCGGGUGCUGGGCAGAGCUGAGCAGAGGAAACAGUGUCAGGGCCAGAUGGAGACUCUGGAGAAGCUGAGGGCCGUCAUGGAGCAGGCCCAAGAGGAGGACAACACUUUCAUAGCAGAGGUGUGCUCGGUGCAGCUGUCAGCCAGAGAUCUGGAGAAACAGACGGAGAAGGAGUUGGAAAAGUGGAGAAAAGACAGACCCUCGUCAACAUUUGACCCCAGAGGUCGCUGCCAUGGAUAUCGGAUGGCGUGGGCGAGGGCACGACAGAAUGAGGAAGUGUGGGGCAGGAAAGAGAAUGAGAAAGGAAAUAUGUCUGCCCCUCUUGCUCGUUCGGCUUCCACUCUCUCGCUGUCUCCAUCUCUCCUUCACAAGAGGUGGAGGAAAGGGGGAAAGGCAAAUUCACGCGAAUGGAAAGGCAGCGGAGCCAAAGUUGUGAGGCAUCUUUCGAUGGGCGCAAAGGAGGACUGGAGGGGCUGGACCGAGUUCAGCUUCAAGAAGGUGCAGUGUGUUCAGGAGGAGGAAGACUUAGUUUUAGAGGAUCAUAAAAAAGAGAGUGAGCUGAAACUUUUAGAAGAAGUUGAACAAAUAAAACUUUUAGAAGAACCAAAGACGAUGGAAAUCCUAAACAUGCCAACAAUGCACGUGGAAGAACAGAUUGAACAAGUGGAAACAAGAAUGACUGAAAAGGAGGAAAGCCAACUCAACAAUAGCGAGGAGAGCAGAGUGCUGUCAGAACAGAAGGAAGAAACAAUUGAGGAGACACAACCAACCAAAGAUCAGACUGUUGAACACAAGGAGGGAGACGAGCUGGACUCUAACAGCCAGACAGAAGUCCAGGAACAGCAGAGUCACAAAAUCAAGCACGUAGAAAUUCAAGGGAAGGACUCAAAUAAAGAGACAGAAAACCAAGUGUCAGAAAGGGAAAAUACAAAUGCUGUGGUGGAAAAUCAGACUGAGAAAAAGGAAAAUGAUAAUGCAGCUAAAAACACAAAGAUGGAGACGCAGGAAAGUGUGUAUCCAAGUGAGGAUCUGAUGAUUCAGGUGGACAUGGAACCAGAGGAGAGCACAGAAACUGUGCAACAGACGCAGGUGGACACAGACACAACUGACACAAGCCCAGGCUCAGAGACAGACGGGAGAGUCAAAGCUCCAACUAUCAAAGAUCCGACAACAGAGACACAACAGCAAGAAGUGAUCACAGAGACAGACAGAAGCUCACGGGGAGAUGAAUUUGAAGAAAAAUACCUCAGCAGUGAGUCAUUAGCAGAAACUGAAACACAAGAAGAGUCCCACACCCAAACAGAGACAGAAACUAAUGAACUGGCACAGACCCAAGAAAAGGUAGAGGGAAAUGCAGCCACACAGGAAUCAGAGAGCGAAAUAAUACAAAUGAAUUCAGAUCACAUCGACUCAGAGACGGGAGCAGAAACAUUCAUUCUGUGUUCACCUCAAUGCAUUCAACCAGAAGAAGGAGCUGACUUAGAAGCAGAGACUUAUGCAAAAAUACCAUUUGCAAACGACAUAGUGACAGAGUCCAGCGCAGCUAUUGGCAAAGAGUGUGAUGCAUCUGAAGCUACACAGGGGGAGGAAGAAAGAAGUUUGGAUGAACACUCAGAGGCACAGGUUAAUCAAACACAAGCAGAGGAAACAGAAAUGGAGACUAACUUGAUAGCACCUCCACAGGAGGAGGAGGACAUAACACAGGACGCAAGGACUCAAGCCGGGCCUGAUGGGAAGACCAGUUCAGUAGAAACUGAAGAACCUGCAGCCGAAAAACCAACCGCCCAGGUCACUAUCGGUGUCGUGGAGGAAGGAUGCAAAAAAAAAAUUCAAGAAAACACAGGAGAGGACACCGUCUUCAUUUCUACUGAACCAACCGACUGUCUGAAUACUGACAGAAACCCAGAAGUCCAAGAUAAAGAUUCUUGCCAUGUGACGGCUCAAGCAGAACCGGUUAACAGCGCCCUGACACAAGCCCCCAGGCAGCGCAGCAGCAGGUCUUCUGGGGAUUUCGGCGUCCGCAGGUCAUCCAACUCCCGUGGUUCUAGGUUCGCACGUCGUCUCUCUGAAGAUCUCUUUAUCAUGUCGGAGAAAACUAGCCAAUCACAAUCUACUCCUAGUCACCAAGAGGUUAACCCCAAUCAAUUACAGCCCAACCCUGGAGCAGUACACCCAACCCAAAGUCCUUCUGACGUGACUUCAGAAGUCUCGUCGUCCUCAUCUGCAGGAGCGACUCCAGCGGUUCAUCCCCCGAAACGUUUCGGUCUCUUCGGCAGACUGAGAGGAGAGAAGGCCAAGAAAGCAACCAAGAUGCAAAUCCCCAAAAUCUUGAUUCAGGACUACAGCGAUGGCACAGGGAAGCCGGUGGAGGAAGAGGGGGAAGACAAACUUAGCUCAAAGGAAAGGAGGAGGAGACGGAGGGACCGAGAGAGGAAAGAGAAAGAGGAGGAGAGAUUGAAAAAGAAGAGAGAGAAGGAGCUGGAGAAGGAGAAAGAACGAGAGAGAAGAAAAGCACAGACGAGGGGGCAGAGUUUCUACGUGCAGAGAGAGAAAGGGAGGAGUGAUGUGACUCAACCUGCACAGACGGGAUCACAGACACUCAGAGAUUCUUCUUCUUCCGGCGAAUCUUACUUCUGACAGAAAAAGAGUUUUGGGAUCUGUGGGAACGAGGAGGCGUUUUGAAGAGAGCUUCAGACCUCCACGUCCGGUCCCAUUGGUCUUUCUGUCGUGCGGAAGUCGCUCGUCAUAAACCUUCGUCAUACUUUAACCUUUUGACAUGUAAAUAAAUCAUGAUUAUUGUUAAGAUAA